AUGUCUGAGAAAAAACAGAAAAACAAAUCUGGUGUACAGGAAGCAGUAAAAGAUCAAAUUAAUGUACCACCAAAAAGAAUUUUCCGAAAAAUCGACUUCUAUUUAUUAUGGAUAAUAAUGUUUCUAAUCAUCAUACCUAUUACAGUCAUAACAUCAGCAUACAAGCUUUUUGGACAAAAAUACAUUAGUGAUGAUCAGUACUUAUCUAUGGUUGCCAGUGUGUCAGCAAUUUUUAAUGCUGGUGGCAGAAUUAUGUGGGGUGCAAUAGUGGAUCGAGUUUCUUUCAAGUUGCCGAUGUGCAUUGUAUUAUUACUCUGGGCUCUCAUUCUCUUCACCUUUCCACACAUUGGAUCAGCACCGCCACUGGCACUGAAAGCUUUAUAUGCUAUUUGGGUUUGGCUUCUAUUUUUGGUUUUAAGCGGUAUGUUUGUUAUCAUGCCGGGUGGAACAGGAUUGAUAUUUGGUCCUAAAUACUUCCCUACAAACUAUGGUAUAGUCUUCACUGGAUUUACAGUUGGAAGCAUUGUUUGUGCUGUCGUCACAAUGUUUAUAUCUUCACCUAACAUCUACUUAUUAAAUUUUUCCGCUUGUGGAGGCGUGUGUUUACUUGCAUUUCUAUUUGCGAUCUUUUUGCAAGAUAAGAAAAUGAAUAAAAAGAUUGAUUGUUACUGCUGCACAAACGCAUGUCAAAAGCUGAGAGUCAAUCCUAGUGAUGGUGAAGAAGUCCAGACAGUGUGA